GCACGUGCCAAGCCAAGCCACCGGGUUAGGACCACCACGACGACGACCACGAUGUCCGCGGAUCUGCCCAAAACAUGGAUGGCGCUCGCCGUCGCACUCGUCCUCGGCGCUGUCUUCCACGGCCCACCCCGGCCAUCCAGUCCGGACUACGCUGUGUGCUCGCCCACCGGCGGCAUCCACACGGUAGACCCGGCCCACCCCACCGUACAGUGCAUCCUCGUACGGGACACCCGGAUUGCAGACGUCGGCAGCCUCGAGGAUGUCAACGCCCGUUGGAACCAGCGAACUGGAGGGAUCCUUGACUUUUGGAGGAGGCCGUCUCUCAACGUGUCGUUCAUCGACCCCACCAGUGUAAGUCAUGCACACGCGCACGUUCUGGCUUACGGCUCAUUGAAGCUCAAUGUCGAUCUCUCUGGUUGCACAUCGAAACAAGAGGUACUCGAGAGACUCGUCGACUUCGUCAGAGCAAAACCCGAUAUCCUCAACAACCCGUCCAAAUGGAUACAAGGCAUGGGCUGGGACCAGAACAUUUGGGCAGUGCCAGAGUAUCCUCAUGCAGACGAUUUCGAUGCUGAACCGCUUCUCAGAGGCAGGCGUAUAUACUUGGACCGUGUAGAUGGUCACGCAGCGUGGGUAUCCAGACGCGUGCUACAGCUUAUGGGCGAGCUUCCAAACACUGUAGAUGGCGGGGAAAUCAUUCGCGAUGGUUCUGCUCACCCAACUGGCAUUUUCGUGGACAACGCGAUGUCCCUGAUUCCACUUCCACCUCCGAGCGAGGCAGGCAUGCAGCGCUAUUUCGAGAGGACCGUCAAGGAUGCCCUCGCCGUUGGAUUGACCAGUAUCCAUGAUGCCGCAACCGAACCUGACGCUAUCGAGUUCUACAGGCAAUAUGCAGAGUCCAAGAAACUCCCGCUUCGUCUUUAUCUCAUGGGCCAUUUGGAUGCCAUCGAGUAUUGGGGUGACAAACUGCCUCGCCUGGUUGACUACGGUGUUGGGGAACGCCUCAACCUCCGCAGUGUCAAGCUGUUCACCGACGGUGCGCUUGGCUCUUUUGGAGCAGCCAUGCUAGAGCCGUACAGCGACAAUCCAUCCACGAAUGGACUAAUGCGAAUCCAGGAAGACGUUCUCUCUAACCUCGUCCAGCGAUUCCACGCCGACGGCUGGCAGGUGAACGUCCACUGCAUCGGCGACCGUGCCAACCGUGUUGUCCUCGAUAUUUUCGAAGACGUGUUCGCUGGUGCUAAUAUGUCGGAAGUAAGGCCGCGUAUCGAGCAUGCGCAGAUCAUGACUCUUGAAGAUCUCGAGAGAGUGGGACGCCUGGGUGUGAUACCUAGUGUUCAGCCUACACACGCGACCAGUGAUAUGUGGUAUGCAGAACAGCGCUUGGGUCCAGAACGUAUCCGUGGGGCAUAUGCGUACCGCACGAUGAUUCAGACGUCUCGAAACCAAGUUCUCCCUCUUGGCUCUGAUUUUCCGGUGGAGGGUAUUAACCCCCUAUUGGGCUUUUAUGCUGCAGUCGCUCGGCUCUCGGUUUCUGGACGGUCUCCACAUGGCCCCCAAGGAUGGUACCCCGAGCAGUGUUUGACGCGCUUCCAAGCCCUCAAGGGCAUGACACUGGAUGCGGCUUAUGCUUCGUUUGCCGAGUCUAUCACUGGGUCGCUCACCGUGGGUAAGAAAGCCGAUUUCGUCGUCCUAGACCGGGACAUUAUGACAGUCCCGGCGUCGGAGAUUCUGGGGACUAAGGUACUGGCGACCGUUAUUGAUGGAGAGGUAGUUCAUGGAGGCUUUUGAGAGCGUUUUCUUUUCCCUCUCUCACAUAUCAGAUACUAGAAGCUGGAACCUGGUCAGUGGGUUGCGUAACUGGGUACCAGGCUGUUCUUCCAUCUGUGCUGGAUGUAUCUAGGGAGCUUAUACCCGUGGGCGGUGGAUUGUUUGCUCGCACUGCCCUUCCUUUGACCUGUAUACCUUUGCAUGUUUCCCAUACUUUACCCUUUACCGUGUACAUCCGCAACAGUGUCCUCUGCCUUUGUGAUGCCGAAGUGCACGAUAUGACGUCCACAAUAAGGUCUUCCCUUCAUCCCUAUGAUGGUGGAUGGUAUGCC